GAAGAGGACAUAUAAGGAAAAAGUGGUAAAUAUGUUGUCUACUCAACAGCCAACGUAAUUACACUCAGCUUUCAGCUUUCUUGAACGGAACAACCGAACGCGGCCAAUCACACAUACUGGGUGUGUUUUUCUUUUUCUUUUUCUUUUUCUCUGCACUUUCCCUGGAAAAAUAACAACUUAGAUUGGAGAUUUUCUCGAGAAAAUUUUACAUGUCAGACGCUUUGAUCAAUGGGCUCGCCGGAGCUGGCGGCGGGAUCAUCGCUCAGCUCAUCACGUAUCCUCUCCAAACUGUAAAUACUCGGCAACAAACGGACCGUGAUCCGAAGAAAGAGAAGAGGAAGCUUAGUACUGUAGAGCAAAUAUGUCAGGUUGUAAAACACGAAGGAUGGGAACGAUUGUAUGGGGGAUUAGUGCCAUCUCUUGUAGGAACAGCUGCAUCUCAGGGUGUUUACUAUUAUUUCUAUCAAAUAUUCAGGGACAAAGCUGAAGCUAUUGCGCUCAAACAUAAGAGAAAAGGAUUUGGUGAUGGGUCUGUUGGGAUGUUCUCAUCACUUGUGGUGGCUGCUUUGUCUGGCUGUGUAAAUGUGCUGUUGACAAACCCCAUUUGGGUAGUUGUUACACGAAUGCAGACUCAUACAAAAGUGUCAAAGAAAUCCCAGCCAAGUAAUUCAUUGUCGGUUGCUACAGAUGAAACUUUUCUAGAUGCAACUGAGCCUCCUCCUUUUGGAACUAACCGUGCGAUUCUAGAGGUCUAUGAUGAAGCUGGAGUUUGGGGCUUUUGGAAAGGCGUAUUCCCAACAUUGAUCAUGGUGAGCAACCCUUCCAUACAAUUCAUGCUAUAUGAAACCAUGAUGAAGAAGCUCAAGAAACAACGUGCCUUGAGUAAGAAGGGCAACAAUGGGGUCACUGCUUUGGAGAUAUUUCUUCUUGGAGCAUUGGCAAAGCUUGGAGCUACUGUUGUAACAUAUCCUCUUCUUGUUGUAAAGUCGAGGCUUCAAGCAAAACAGAUUAAAACUGGAGACAGAAGGCACCAUUAUGAAGGUACUUUGGAUGCUAUCCUCAAGAUGAUUCACUGUGAAGGGUUCUAUGGCUUUUACAAAGGUAUGAGCACGAAAAUCGUACAAAGUGUUCUUGCAGCUGCUGUUUUGUUCAUGGUUAAGGAAGAACUUGUCAGGGGUGCUCGAUUAUUGCUUACUAAGGGAGGCGCGAAUACAGUGAGAUCAAAGCCUCCUUGAUCACAACUUAAUAUCUGCUUCUCUACUUCCAGCCUUAUUGUUUCUUUGAAGUUACUUAGUCAAAGUUUAAUUAAAAAUUGAUGCCAGCAUUUUAACGCAUGUUCCUUGAAAUAAGAGGGAUGUCUUAGGAUUUGCAUAUGGAUUAAUGUUUUCUGUAUACCCACUUAAUCCAUUUGAAGGCCCUUUACUUCAUGGAUGUUUCAUGUAAACUGUAAGCACAAUGUCUGUUAACUGUUAUCAAGCAGCAAAAAGAUUAUGGUUUCAAUGACAACUUAUCCAUUUGUAGAACACUGUAAUAUUUCAACGUUAAAUUUUCUUCUUGUACCCUUCAA